CGGUCUUUCCCCUCGCUAACACCCAUUGGUCACUCGGCUGUCUCAGUAACAUUUUCCCGUGCUGUGAUUGGCUGCAGCGCUCAACGACUUCGCAUCUGAUUGGUUGAAACCGCUCCGUUGUGUUGUGGGCUGAGAACUUGAUGAUUCCGUUGGUUCCUGACUGUGUGAGUAGAGUAGAGCGAGAGAUUGAAGGGGCUGGGCCCAUACAGUGUGGAAAGAAAUGGCGAGAAUGGUUAACGAGAACGGGUGUGGAGUGGAAACACAGAGCCCGCAGCCGGAGCCGCAGGGACCGGGCCGGGGUUCGGCCAGAUGGGGUCCACAACACGCCGGAGCCCGAGAACUGGCUGAUUUAUACUCACCAGGCAAAAGAUGUCAAGAAUGGUUCAGUGUCGUCCUCUGCUUCUCUCUCAUGGCCUUCAAUUUCAUUCACCUUCUUGCCAAUUUCAACCCGGGACAUCUGUGGCCCAUCCUGUUGAGUAUUGUGGCAGGAAUACUCACUGCGGACUUUGCGUCAGGACUUGUUCACUGGGGGGCUGAUACAUGGGGAUCAGUAGAUCUACCCAUCUUUGGAAAGGCCUUUAUACGACCAUUUAGAGAGCACCACAUCGACCCCACAGCCAUUACCCGUCACGACUUCAUUGAGACCAAUGGUGACAACUGCAUGCUGACCCUAAUCCCUCUAGCCAACAUGGCCUUCAGCUUCCUCACCCUCUCCCCCGCGGAGAUUUACCAUAUCUACCCGUGGUACUGCUACUUGUUCGCCCUAGCCAUCUUUGUGACCCUAACCAACCAGAUUCACAAGUGGUCGCACACGUACUUCGGCCUGCCUCGUUGGGUCGUGCUCCUACAGGACUGCCACAUCAUCCUCCCCCGCAAGCACCACCGCGUCCAUCACGUCUCGCCUCACGAGACGUACUUCUGCAUCACUACAGGUUGGCUGAACUACCCUCUGGAGAAGCUGGGUUUCUGGAAGAACCUGGAAGAUCUCAUCCAGAGAGUGACGGGAGAGAAGCCCAGGUCGGACGACCUGAGAUGGGCUCAAAAAGUGAAGUAACGCCUGCAGGCUAACGGCACCCCUACCUCAGAAGACGCUGGCUCCGUCCAGGCUUCUCAUCCCCCUUUUUUGCCUCACACAAACUAUAAUCCAUAGGAAGAAAAACUAACAAACACUUUUUUUCUGAUGCCAUAGCUUUAAGUCUUGCACAUUUUGUCUGUUUUUCAAGAGGAGGGCUCUGUUGAUGGAAUUCUUCAUCGCUCGUGGAGAUCAUUUCAAAUCGCAAUAUAUCCUAAACUCUUCGUACGUCUAAAACAACUCAUCGCUUUCUUCAGGCGAUUUACAAAUGCUUUUGCUAAGAAGGUAUAUUCAGAUACUUUAUAGCCAGACACGGACGAUUUGAAAUCGCUUUCCAAGGAGAUUAAAAGAUUUCCCUCACGUCAGAAAGUUCAAACAAUCCCAAGAAAGAAUACUUGAAAGAGUGAACACUCACUGUUUUUCUUCUCCAGAGACACAGCUGUUCAUUUACAGAGUGGAUAAAUCACGUUAUAUUUAGCACAGCUUUUUAUUUUCUCUGGAUAAGUCUUUGCAUCUCCACCUCAGCAAGGGUCUACUUAAUGUGCAAGUAAUACAAUUGGAUUUAGGCCAUGGCAAGUAGUAGGGCUGGGGUGAUGAAGAAUGCUUUACCAAUGUUGAUAGCUAAAGAACAAAUGGGGUAAAUUACUGUUACAUUUCUGGAUUUCUUGCACAUUUGGGUCUAGCUGCACACGUUUGGGAACUAUUUUUAAAGAGAGGUGAUGACAAUAUUCAAGAGUUUCGUCAUGGAUUUGUCAAACUGAGAUAGCGACUACAGUUGCAGUGGAAGAGUCAAUGCUACUCUAAAGCCAAAAUCAUCCCCCAGGAUGCUAAAUGACCGAUCUGACAGCUCAGAAAACGGGUUUUAAUCUAAACAAACCAAAAACAAACAACCAAAUUCCUCACAUUGCUGUCAGAUCCUAAGCUGGCAUAUUGAUUGGAAUCUGUUAUCUGGCCAUUGAAACAGUUUGUAUUAAUAUUAGGGCUGCAACUAAUGAUUAUUUUCAUUAUUGAUUAUUUUCUUGAAUAAUUGAUUAGUUGUUUGGUCUAUAAAAUGUCAGAAAAUGGUGAAAAAGGUCGAUAUGUGUUUCCAAAAUCCCAAGAUGACGUCCUCAAAUGUCUUGUUUUGUCCACAACUCAAAGAUAUUCAGUUUACUGUCAUAGAGGAGUAAAGAAACCAGAAAAUAUUCACAUUUAAGAAGCUGGAAUCAGAGAAUUCUGGCUUAUUUUUCUUAAAGAAUUACUCAAAUCGAUAAAUCGAAAAUAGUUGGCGAUUAAUUUAAUAGUUGACGACUAAUCGAUUAAUAGUUGCAGCUCUAACUUGCAUCUUUGAUGGUAGUAGAAACAGAAGAUGAGUAAUUUGAUCUGAAAAAGUCAAAUUGAAAUAUGUGUAACUGUAGUCAGUGUUGAUGCUUGGCCAUUAGAAAAUCUGGACAAAUACACAUAUCAUGCUGUUCUGCCGAGUCAGUCUGGCCCGACUAACUAGUCUUUGCAGAUGAUCAUGUGUUCUCCGUGAAAAGCCUUUUUUAGUUUUUAUUUAACUCCUGAUAAACAGACAGGUUGGCAGGAAAGAGGCAGACUCAGUUUUGUCGAGCUGCCUUACAUACCGCAGAUGCAGUACUUGUCUUUUUCUGUUUUGUUUCAUUUGCUUCACUUUUUUGUGUUGUUGCAACGGUUAUUCUGUCUUUCUGGGAUUUGUGCCUCACUCAAUCAGACACAGAUACUCCAAAGUUAUGUGCCAACAACAGUGUGUAACAUUGUUUUCGCUCCUCACUUCUUGCUUUUCUUUUGUAUCGUGGGAAGGAACUAGUCUGAGCGUAACAUUCCCCGUGAGUAAUGCCACCACCGCGUACCGUCUUGGUAACUGUGACAAGCUGACUCUGUGACGUUACAAGGGAUUCGGUGACGGCUUACGAUCCAGGAAUUUCUUCACUCUUCUAGAUGAGAUUAUAUAGUUAAUUGAUUGAUUGAAAGUUUUUUUUAAUGCUUUAGCCAGUAAAUGUAAAUGUAUUGUACAGCGAAUAACUAUGCAUUGUAAUAAGAAGCCCUAAACCAUACGUCUUAACUCAUCUGAUUAGGUUAAAAAUGCCUUUCUUUUUCUACUAGUUUACACAUAUUUGCUAUUUAAGUUGGAAAACUGGAGCUUAGAAAAUUAGCAACUUAAACAGCAUGACAAAAUUACUUGUACUGAUUAAGAUGUCACUUGCACAGACGUGAAAAUGCGUGCAUGUAUACAACAUGUGGGCUUGUGCAAGCGAUACACCAGCUUUCUUUUUAGUUACUGUAAGGCAGACACUGACUAGGGAGGAUUGUGCUAUACUGUAGCUCCAGAUGAAAUUAAUUGUGCUGCUUUCAAAAGAUGACCCCAAAUUUUGACCAAAUGGUCCCAAGUUUGAACUAUCAAAAUGUUAUCUAAUAAAUUUAGGUUGAAAUUGGAGGAGCUAACCUUUCUGUUCAGUUGGGUUGACCAGGUUAAAGGCUGAAUUAGUGAGCUUCUGAUGUUGUACUCAAAGUAGACAAUUUAAUAAUAGUAAAUAGUUAUUUUUUAAGCCAAAUUGAUGCAUUAUAUGAUGUAAUAUUCCACUUUUUGAAUCCUUCAUACUUGAUUAUAUACAAUUAUUCACCAUAGGUCAACAGCAGAAGUACACAGCAGAUUGCAUAGUGCUUGUAGAGUAUUGUGAGAAGCAGUUUUGUGUGUGCUGAGGAGUGUAAUACAAGCUGGUAAAUGCCUUUAUGUCACUGGAUCAAAGUUUAAGGCCGGUGUAGAAGUUCUACUUCUGUAGCUCUUUUUGAUCAGUACUAGGCAAAAUAUAGUUUGGGCACUGCAGUAAAGUAGACUCAUUUGAACGUUUGCAGACAACUUAUUUUAUAAAUAGGAGUUUCGGCGUUUCGGCUCUACUGGAUGUUUUGGCGCUUCAGCAAAUUGCUUUUUGUGAUAAUAUAAAAGUAAUGACAAUUUUAAGGAUGCUUCGUGUUUUGUAACAAUAUCAAAGGAUAAUGGUUUUAAAAUACAAGACAUGCCAUAAUUAGUUUUGAGAUUGCCAAAACUGACAACAUUGCAAUAAAAAUAUAUGGCGAGCUCAGCAGGAACUCAAUCUUAACUCUGAGAAAGACUUGCUGUCAUAGUUUUGUCAUAGUUGGGAGAUAAUUUGUCAUAGUUUGGAGUCUGGUUGUGAGUAUAGAUCUAACAUGCAUUAACUUAUUCUACAUUCUUAUUCUCCAGAUGAUCUCAGGAUUGUGGUUAAGUAGGUUAUUAUGGUUAUUAAGUUAAGGCCGUUAUUUAAUAGAUAAAAGUUGUGUAAGUCACUCGUUUCCAUCAGAUUCUGUUGGCCAAAGUAGCCUAAUGAUUUUUAAAUGCAUUAUAGGUUCUAUUGUAGCCAUAUAUAGGUACAGUUAACUUGGCCUCUUGUUCUUGAGGGAGAAUUUGUGAUUAAGCUGUGUUUGGUUUUUCCGUUUUAGAGACAGACAUCAGUGGAUUUGAGGGGUAUUUCGUGACAAUGUAUGGUUAACAGAAAUAUUUUCCAAUACUGGAAAUUGUGAAAGCAAAGUGACUUUUUAUUGAAUUGCCUUAUCCUCUCCCUGACUGAUUUACUGUAAAUCUUGCCAGCGAUAUGGGAAAACGGUUUAUUGACUGACUUUAAAUUCCCCUUCACUUGCUUCUCACUUCUUCUGAGGCAAGCCCCAUUUGGAUGUCGUAGUUGGUUAUGUAUGCUGGUGGUGAUGGAGUUUUAGAUAUCAGAAUAAUGCCUUGAUGCCUUUUUGUUGUCUUCCAUUUGGGAGACUUACAAUGUAUAUGUUAAACUGUAUUUAUAAAUAAGCUAAAUAAACAAUUGAUAAUUACUGCUA